AUGAAACCAAAUAAAUCUAGAGACAUUGAUAGGGAUUAUAAAAUACGUCUGAUUGCAUCACUUGAUUAUAUAAGAUAUCUUCUACACCAGGGGUUAUCAUUUCGUGAUCAUGAUGAAAGUCGAGAUUCUUCAAAUAGAGGAAGUUUUCGUGAACUUUUACAAUUUUUGGCUGAUCACAAUGAAGAUAUAUCCAAAGUUAUUUUGAGCAAUGCUUCUGGAAAUCAACAAAUGGUAUCCCCUAUGGUGCAAAAAGAUCUUGUCAAUGCCGCUGCCAAAGAAACGACAAAUGCUAUAAUUGAAGAACUUAAUAAUGAUGUCUUUGGUAUUUUGGUUGACGAGUCUCGUGAUAUAUCUAAGAAAGAACAAAUGGCAAUAGUUUUACGUUUUAUUGAUAAAGAAGGAAAGAUUAAAGAACAAUUUAUUGGUAUUACUCAUGUAAAGGAUACUUGUUCUUCCACUCUUAAAGAGGGUAUUGAUCUUGUUGUUUCUGAGCACGGGUCGAGUAUCUCAAGAAUUAGGGGUCAAGAGUAUGAUGGAGCAAGUAAUAUGCAAGGAUCUAGCAAGCGUCAAGAUGUUUUAAAAGAAAAACAGGCUGAAAAACUUUUAGAAAGACUGAAAAAAGGUGCGACUAACAGUGGUAAGGGUUUAAACCAAGAACGUACUCUUCAGAGGGCUAGUGACACAAGAUGGGGUUCUCAUUAUCAUUCUCUUGUAAAUUUGAACAUUAUGUUUGAUGCAAUGAUUGAGGUGCUUGAUUUCUUUGCAAAAGAUGGUAGAGAAAGAGAACAAAGAGGGGAAGCAUCAUUUUUGUCAAGAACUUUGCAAACUUUUGUUUUUAUUUUUUCCUUGAAAUUGAUGUUAAAUAUUCUAGGGAUAACAAAUGUCUUGUCAAAAGCAUUGCAAAGGAGGGAUCAAGAUAUUGAAAAUGCCGUUAAACUUUCUGAAAUACCUCAACUUGUAUUGAAUCAAAUGAAAUCAUAUACUAUAAGAUAUCUCCAUUACAUGGGGUGA